UCUCUCUCCCUCUCUCUCAGGGCUGGAUGACAGUCUUCAGCAGUACGUGCAGAACUUUGAGCGGGAGAAGGUGGACGGGGAGCAGCUGCUGAAGGUGUCCCAUCAGGACCUGGAGGAGAUGGCCGUAACGCGGAUAGGCCACCAGGAGCUGUUUCUGGAGGCUGUGGACCUGCUCUGUGCCCUAAAUUAUGGGGUGGAGACGGACAACAUGAAGAUGCUGGUGGGGAGGAUGCGGGCCGCGUCCAACAACCUGCACAAUGUGGCGUCCGAGCGGAGGAGGAGCCCGGCGCACGACGGGGGCGCGGCGCGCAAACCGCCCAACGAGUUCCUCACCGCGGUGGUGGAGCUCAUCGGAGCCGCCAAGAACCUGCUGGCUUGGCUCGAUCGCACUCCGCUGACAGGCAUCAGUGACUUCACCUCGACCAAAAACAGAAUCAUCCAGCUUUGCCUUGAGCUGACCACCACUGUCCAGAAGGACUGCACCGUUUACGAGAUGGAGGAGAAGAUUCUGGAAGUGUCGCGCCUCCUGACCAGCGUCUGUGACCAGACCAUGAGAAUGACCUCUGACCCCCUGAGGAAUCAUAUGGCCUGUCUAGAGGAGGUCAACAUCACCAACAUCAAGCCUGGAGAAGGCCUGGGCAUGUACAUCAAAUCCACAUACGAUGGGCUCCACAUCAUCACAGGAACCACAGAGCACUCUCCCGCAGACCGAACGCAUAGAAUCCAUGCUGGAGAUGAGGUCAUCCAGGUCAACAGACAGACAGUGGUGGGCUGGCAGCUGAAGAACCUGGUGACCAAGCUGAGGGAGAACCCUCUGAGUGUGCUUCUCAUGGUGAAGAAGAGGCCCUCAGGGACCUGCAGCUUCACCCCCGCCCCCCUCAAGAACAUGCGCUGGAGACCCCCUGCCCAACAGAACCUAGCCUGUCCACGCCCCGCUCAGGCCCCCAGAAGUCCUGUGGAGGCCCCUGUGAAGAAGGAGAAACCUGCCAUUUUGGACCUGUACAUUCCCCCUCCUCCCUCAGCUCCAUACGCCCCGCGGGAUGCCAAACCAACAGUGUGCACGGGCGUCAAACUAAGGGCUAAACGCUCACAGUCGCCCAACUCAUUCCUCGACCACGAGGGCCGGCGGCGGUUCACCAUCGCCGACUAUGAAAGCAAGGCCGUGCCCAGCCCCGUGCCCAGCCCUGUGGAGCUCCCCGUGCCCCAGGCCCGCAUGAGGCAGCGAGCGCCCUCCAGAGGGAAGCCGCGGCCCGUGUCCAUGCCUGUAGACACUUGCCUGGGUCUGUCGGACUCGCCCUCCAGGCUGGGUCCCCCAGGCAGGAAAGGUGAGAACCCUCUGCACCGGUACCUCAGCAACGAGCGUAUCGCCACCAUCUCCGAGGAGACGCCCUGCUACCCGCUGCCCUACCGGCCGCUGGCGGGGGCCGAGCGGCCGCUGACGCGCGGCGUGGACCACAUCCGCGGGAGCCAGUGCUUCAUCAACGCCGAGCUGCACAACAGCGCCACCAUCCCCUACCAGGAGGCACUGGCCAAGAAGGCCCCUAAGCCCAAGCCGGCGCAGUCCCCCAACGAGCCCUCGCUGCUGAGCAGCUGGAUCGCUCGGCUCAAGCUGCUGACACAUGCGGAUUUACCGAGCGCGUGUCCUGCAAUGGCGUCCACUCUCGAAUUUCGUGUCAUUGUCUCCCCGUCCGAAGUGACACCUCGAGAGGCUCGUCGUGAUAGACCAGGCUCAGUACGUCACUGCAGCCGGCGGCCGCCUCGGGGUAAUGCUGUGAUGAGUCGUCGUAAAGUGUCUGUGAAGGACCUCGGGCAGGGCGAGUGCUAUGGCUGGCUUUACAAGAAGAAGGACAGCAGGGGCUUUCUUGGAACCCGAUGGAAGAAGUAUUGGUUCGUGCUGAAGCGGAGCGCUCUGUACUGGUAUACCAGUCAGAUGGCGGAUAAAGCGGAGGGAUACAUCUACACGAGAGACUUCACUCUGGAACAGGCCACAGAAUACAAGAAGAAAUAUGCCAUGAAGGCCAGUCAUCCUCAGAUCAUGAGUCUCUACUUUGCAGCUGAGAGUGUCAAAGAGAUGAACAAGUGGUUGAGUGCGUUCAAGGAGGCCUCCAUUCAAAGGAUACCGACCACAGCCUGUGAAGAUGAAGGUUGCUACAGUGAAGAGAGUGAUCACGAAGAGACAGAGUCGGUAGAAGUGGCAUGUCAGCUUUACACGGAACAGCUGACUGCUGGCAGUAUUAAUGAGGAGCUGCCGCCUCCUCGGUGCUCCUCUUCACCCCGUUGCACCUCAGUCCCGUGCUCUUCUCCGGCCAGCGCCACCUCCUCCCAGACGUCCGUGACGGCCGCCACAUCCCAGACCGAGUCUUGGCUGGACAUCACCACCAUAUCCACUGGGCCGCCCUCCCUGGACCCCCCCCAGAGUGAAGAAGAUGAACCGCAGCAGCAGCAGCAGCAGCAGGAGCAGCAGCCCUCCACUGAAGAGGAUGAGAUGGAGCGGCUGUACCUCCACCUGAAGGAGGCCCGCUUGUCUCCCACAGGGCUCCUGCAGCCCGCCUCCAAACGAGACUACAGGGCCUCCUUCAUCAAGCGGUGCCAGGACGAGGUCAUCAAUGAGAAGCUGCAUCAUGUCAGGACUCUCAACAGCACUUUGAAGUCUAAAGAGGCCGACCUGCUGUGUCUAGAGCAGGUGCUAGCCGACCCCUCCCUCAGUGCCUACAAGUAUCGACAGUGGAGAGAGGCCAACGUGCUGCUUCUCCAGGAGGUUGCCAAGCGCAGACAGCCACCAGGGCGGCGCCAUAGCCCUCCACCACAAGAACCCACCCAAACCACCGCCGGUAGCGCCGCACCCUACUACACAGAGACCAGUGUUUGAACCAUCUCAGGAGUGGGCCUUGAGCAAAGAGUCGUCCUGGAAGUGUGAGGCGAUGGAGAAGCCAGUCUGACUGGUAGGGGGAAUACUAACGGAGCACUCUGACAUGUGUUUAUCAAGAAGUGCUAGAAAGGGUCACGGAGGGACUGGUGGUUAACUACUGACCUAUAUUUUGGGCCUCAAACGCUGCCUGGAGCUGCGGUCUGCGGCUUGAGAUAUAGUUUGCAGAAGAAGCUGUGUGCCCUGCGCUUUGGGGUGGCAGAUGCCUGAUUUGACUCCAUUUGAUCUCUGCACCAGGUUUGUGACACCAGGACUAACUGCGCUUUAUUCAUUUGAUCUUGUAAUGUGCUGUGGGUGUGAAUGUAAGCCAUGUCUGCAGUUGGAAUUAAUUUUCCCUCUCUUACAAACGCACACACCACCAGUGCCUCCGUAUAUAUACGUAACGUACACAUGCACAAUCUAAAGUGAAACUUUCACACAUUUUACCAGUGUCAGUAUCGAAAUGAUGUUCCUCCGACUGGGUUUCCUGUUGGCUUAAGUUAUUUAUUUACAUAUAUUUACAUGUUCAAAGACAUACAUACAUUACAUACAUACAUUACAUACAAGUUUUCACAAUGGUUAGGGAUCUUCAUAGUGUAAUGAGAAAUGAAUACUCGUACUUAUCCGCGCAUCUUGGUUUUACGCAAUGUGUGAUUUUAACUUGAGUCGUCUUUUAAAUAUUGCACAUUUUAUGCCAUCAUAUUUUAUGAUUUAGUUUUUAUCGUUGUAUAUAAAUGUCCUGCUUGUGUGUAUAUAUAUUGCCUUCUCUGUACAGUUAGUUUUUUUUUGUCUGAUUUUAGCAUUAAGUGUAAAGAAGAAAAUAAAAGCCUGGACCAUAAAUUAUUCCUGAGAUUAUCAAUCAGCAAAGUCCCUGAUCAGCCAUUUUAACUGAGUUUAACUUCUCACGUGCCUUUGUGUUGUCUGCACACCCAUUUUUUUUAUCCUUAGUGGAUACUAACACAGUCUGGUGAAUUUAAAUGUAUACAUCAAGACGGUGCUUCGUCUUGGGUAGCCAUCUGCAGUAACUAUAUAUUUAUAUUCUUGCAUAUGAACGCACACAAACUACCCAAAUCUUUUGAUGAAUGGAGUUGUCCCGAACAUCCAGAUGAUAUUCAGCCAUCUGUUGCUCUGCUUUUGUUUGCUGAUACAAAGAAGUCUUUGGAGGCACUGGACUCCCCGUCAAGCCCCAAACCCUGACAGCCAUUCUAAUGAUAAUGAUGAGGGAUGAGGUUGCGGGUACAGGGACUGCUCACUAGGGGGCGGCAUUUAACCUAAUCUCCGUCUGAUCCUCAGCUGCACAGACUGUCACUUGCUUUGAAGCAAAUACUCGCCAGUCAUUACAAGGAAUAAGUUAGAACGGGGAAAAACAUGUUAUGUCUAUUAUUAUUAUUAUUAUUAUUUAUUAUUAUCAUCUUAUUUGAUCCCAAUAAAAAUGUUAACUUGCUCUGAUUUCUCCCUCAUCCAGUUUUGAGGGUGAACAGUUUAUGUAAAGUCCCACUUGUAAAAUAUCUGUAAAUAAACACACACAGUGGUCUUACUGCG